AAUUUGAUUGGUCCCAAAUGGAUCAUAGUGACAUAAAGCGUGAGACAGUCAGCUCAACAUAUUCUGUUCAAGUCUGUAUAUAUGUACAACCCUCUUCUUCCUUCCUCGAGUAGCAGAGCAGAGCAUAUUCAUACUCUUCCCCAUGCCUCUCCUCUACAUAUUAGUUCUUGGGCUUCUCCUCUCACACACUUCUCGCCGCUGCUCUUCUGCACCUGCAAGCGAUACCCUCACUGAAGACCAAGUGCUUGCCGUCGGUGACAAGCUCGUCUUGACGAACGGCAAGUUCGCGCUCGGCUUCUUCCAGCCAGCAGCGAGCACUGUCAGUAAGUCCCAGAACUCCACCGGCUCCAGCUGGUACCUUGGCAUAUGGUUCAAUAAGAUCCCGGUUUUUACUGUCGUGUGGGUUGCUAAUCGGGAGGAGCCCAUCCCCCAUCCCAACAUCAACUCAGCAAAGCUCAAGUUCUCAAGUGACGGCGAUCUUGUCAUUGUCACAAACCGUUCUGAUGCCGUCACUGAAUCCCUUGUUUGGUCCACUCAUAUUGUGAAUAGGACACAAGUCAGUAGCAUAAACACCACCACCUCGAGUGCCGGUGUUCUCUUGAACAGGGGAAACCUUGCCCUACUCACAAAUAGCAAAGUAAUGUUGUGGCAGAGCUUCGACUAUCCAACAGAUAUCGCGCUUUCUGGCGCCAAGCUUGGCUGGAACAAGGUCACCGGUUUCAGUCGUAAGUUCAUAUCAAAGAAGAGCCUCAUUGAUAUGGGUCUUGGCUCAUACAGCCUAGAACUAGACACCAGCGGCGUCGCCGUCCUCAAGCGCCGCAACAAUCCCUCUGUAGUCUAUUGGCAUUGGGCAUCCUCCAAAACAUCAUCAAUGAGUGUUAUACCAACACUCAAGACAAUUAUAGAUUUGGAUCCACGCACCAAAGGCUUGAUGAACCCAAAAUAUUUUGACAAUGACCAAGAGCAGUACUACAUGUACACUUCACCGGAGGAAUCAUCGUCUUCCCUGUUUGUCUCACUAGACAUCUCUGGUCAGGUCAAGCUGAAUGUUUGGUCGCAUGCCGACCAGUCUUGGCAAACCAUAUGUGCUGAGCCUGCUGAUGCCUGCACUCCAGCUGCUACCUGCGGACCUUUCACAGUCUGCAACGGCAAUGCACAGCCAUCCUGUGACUGUAUGGAGAGCUUCUCUCAGAAGUCACCACAGGAUUGGGAGUUUGAGGACCGAACAGGAGGAUGCAUCAGAAACACACCUUUGCAUUGCAGCACUAGUGGUAACAACAAAAACAUGACAAGUUCAACAGACAUAUUCCACCCCAUUUCUCAAGUUGCGUUACCCUACAACCCACAAAGCAUAGAUGUUGCUACCACUCAGAGCAAAUGCGAAGAAGCUUGUCUCAGUUCCUGCUCCUGCACUGCUUAUUCCUAUAACAAUAGCAGAUGCUCUGUCUGGCAUGGUGAACUGUUCAGUGUAAAUCUGAAUGAUGGCAUUGAUAAUAAUUCUAAAGAUGCCCUUUACCUUCGCCUUGCCGCGGCUGCAAAGUUUGAAAAAAAGAAGAAUCAAACAAACAUAAGAGUUGUAACUGCUGCAAGUAUUAUUAGUUUUGGGUUACUGGUGCUGAUGCUGCUGGCACUGAUUUGGAGGAACAAAUUCAAGCCAUUAUACAACAAUCAAGGUAGUGGCGGUGGGAUUAUGGCCUUUAGAUACACUGAUUUAGUUCGUGCUACUAAAAACUUCUCAGAAAAGCUGGGAGGAGGUGGUUUUGGAUCUGUAUACAAAGGAGUCUUAAGCGACUCAACUAGUAUAGCAGUGAAAAGACUUGAUGGUGCCCGUCAAGGAGAGAAGCAAUUCAGGGCUGAGGUGAGCUCAGUUGGACUAAUCCAACACAUCAACAUUGUGAAAUUGAUCGGUUUCUGCUGCGAAGGUGAUCACAGGUUACUUGUGUAUGAACACAUGUUAAAUGGGUCUCUUGAUGGUCAUCUAUUUGAGAGCAAUGCUGCUGCUGUCCUAGAUUGGAACACCAGAUAUCAAAUAGCCCUAGGAGUUGCCAAAGGAUUGUCCUACUUGCAUGAGAGUUGUCACAAAUGCAUCAUACAUUGUGACAUUAAGCCAGGAAACAUACUCGUGGAUGCAUCAUUUGUUCCUAAAAUCGCAGACUUUGGGUUGGCUGCGUUUGUGGGAAGGGAUUUUAGCCGAGCUAUGACUACAUUCAGAGGGACUGCUGGUUAUCUUGCCCCAGAGUGGCUUAGCGGAGUUGCAAUCACACCAAAAAUUGAUGUUUACGGCUUCGGCAUGGUACUUCUAGAAAUCAUAUCAGGAAGGAGGAAUUCCUCACUAGAAACACCAUACAACACUAGAAGCAGCAGCACCAGGUACCAGAAUGCUGAUUAUUUCCCUGUGCAAGCCAUCAGCAAGCUUCACGGCGGAGAUGUCAAGAGUUUGGUGGAUCCACAGUUGCAUGGUGACUUCAAUUUGGAAGAGGCUGAAAGGGUUUGCAAAGUUGCGUGCUGGUGCAUCCAAGAUAAUGAGUUUGAUCGGCCGACUAUGUGUGAAGUGGUUCGGGUUCUCGAGGGUCUACAGGAGAUUAAUAUGCCCCCGAUGCUGAGACUACUUGCAGCUCUAACAGAACAAUUUAGUGUUGUAACUUCAGUGUAAUAUUAGUAGUUCAUAGAGAGUGCUUCACAUACGAUCGAUGUUAUUAAUCUUUGUUUCUUUAAAAUUGUAAUCUGGAGUGGAAGGAAUGAAGGAAGAAGGCAAGCUUUCAGUUGCUAAA